AAUGGGCAGGAUAGCUCAACAACCUAUUUUUGCUACUUCUUCUAAGUGUCCUGAAAACGCCUUGUGGAAGUUUCCACUCGUCACACACUAUGGCCCUUCGUUAGGUAGCACAGAGUGGCACUCGAUAUGUGUCUAUGGCAAUGCUAAUGACAAACAACUGCCUCAGUUACUUUGUAAAGGGAAACGGUUGUAUAUUGAAGGUGACUUGAGCAAAAGAAUGACCAUGUCUAUGCACCACCAAGUUCAAGUGUGGUAUGAAGUAGUUGUAGCGUGGGAUAGAAAAGGAGUUAUUAUACCCAUCGGUAUCUAAUAAUCACUUGUUGAUGCUUGCUUUAUCCACAAUACCUGACCAUCCUGUUGGAACAAAACAUGUUGCAAAUAUUGUUCAACGCUGGACUGUUCCUUCCAAACUAUGGGAGAUUGAUUGAACGAAUCCAACAAAUAAUAUUUAUCUUCUAUAAGCUUGAUAGUACACCAAUGUCGACUGCUUCCCCAAAAACGCCACCAUCGACGUAGAUAAACUAUUUUCAUAGACU